GGUACAACUUGGGAUCAUACCGACGGCAUCAGCGAGGAGUAUAUUUAUGCCCAGAAUGCUAUUUCUGCGUUGAGUAACGAUUUAUGGAAAUGCAGAUAUACCGCCACUAGAUAAAUUCAGAUAUUUUUUCCCCCUUUCAAUAUUUUUGGCUGCGAGGAUAUCUGUUAUGGGAUUGCUAGCACUCCUCCGCAAACUCAAGUCCACGCCUGAUCGUGAGCUGCGGAUUUUGUUGCUUGGCCUGGACAAUGCAGGCAAGACAACCAUCCUAAAGAAAUUGGCCUCCGAAGAUGUUGCCCACAUAACGCCAACUCAGGGGUUCAACAUCAAGAGCGUGCAAGCGGAAGGGUUUAAACUGAAUGUUUGGGACAUCGGAGGGCAGCGAAAAAUUCGUCCAUACUGGCAAAACUACUUCGAGAACACAGAUGUCUUGCUGUAUGUGAUCGACAGUUCUGAUCGCAAGCGGUUUGAAGAAACUGGCGUCGAGCUGGCAGAGCUGCUGACCGAAGACAAGUUGUUUGGGGUGCCUCUGCUUGUGUUCGCCAACAAGCAAGACCUGUUCAACAGUGCCCCUGCAGGAGAGCUGGCGGAAGGACUUAAUCUGCCGGCUAUUAGGGAUAGGGCGUGGCAGAUUCAGGCAUGCAGUGCUCUUUCUGGAGAGGGACUGAAGGAUGGACUAGAGUGGGUGUGCAAGACUAUCAAGAGGAAAUGAUAUGCUUUGGUGUGACAGACCACAAUCCAUACCAUGCCUCUAAAACCAAAACCCUGCACGGAUUCAAUUGGUAACACGAGUCAUCGGUACAACGUUUAUUGUGUAAAUUACAGUUGCACAACAUCAGCGAGGCAUUCCUCUACAUGAUCAAACAACUAUAGCUUCUCAUGACUGUUCAUAAUUUAUAUACCUACCUUCCAGAAUAUUUUUGUCAUAAAUAAGUUCUCCCUUGCUAAGAUAGCUAGCUAGACAUAUGCUGCCAAGGAUAUAACAUAGACCAGGGGUGGCCAGACGGACAUAUCCAAAAAGCCAUAAAACGGAAAAAUUUUAAGCGAAGAGCCGCAAU